UGAUCCAAGAGCGAUUUUUUUUUACUUUGCUUAUACGCGCGUGCUUUGUUGUCUUCCAAUAGUGCGUCAUCAGCUGUCUGCUUUAUUAGAACGGAGAAACACAGGCACGCGCAGCGAACGUUCCGAACGUUAAUCGGCGGAAAACCGCAAAGACGGUUAUAGAAGUUUUUUUUUUUUUUUUAAUAAAAAUUAAGUGCAUAGAAUUUUCACAAAUCCAGAGAAUUUGGCACUUAUGAACACUGUAGAGGUUAAAAAUGAAAAUUGAAAUAGGCUUAAAGUGAAUAAAGAUUUUACUAAAGUAAAUAUGAAGUCUAGAGAAGAAGCCUAGAACAGGAUGUGGGUUUGCAUCAGCAGUGACUGUGAAAGUGAAACAGUUCAGCUUGUUGUGUGUGAGUUCCUCUAAAGCAGCAGAUAAAGAAUCUGAACCUACCGGAAGAUAAAGAUGGCAACUGAGAGAGAUCAUGUAUCAUUGUCGAGUUCUGGGAAGCCUGAAGAAUCAGAGAAGGAAUAUAUAAAUUGUGAAAACAUGGAAAGACAAAAGGAAGGUGAAAGGUCAGGACCCAGAAACAGUGCAAGUCGCAUUGAAAAGGAAGUUACAGGACUUGAAGGUACAAAUAUGAAACCAGAUCAAACAACUAAUGUUUCAGAGGAAAGCGAAAAUUCUCAAUCUGAGAGAAACCAACAACUGAACCCAGAACACAUCGACACUGACAAUGUGGAGGACAUGGAGCAAAGAAAUGAGAGUCAGGAAGAAAUAAUGAGACAGAAUUUAAAGAGAUAUAAAGAACCUCUGACAGAAAAUACACAAACACUUCAGGAGAAGGACAAGACACUGGAAGAGAAGGAGAAACAGCUCAGUGAUGUAAGAGAAGAAUUGAGAAAAUCAAAUAUGAUGAUAGAAAAGUAUCAGACACAAUUGAAGGACAAAGACAGACAACUGGUGAGUGUGGGGAAAGAACUGGAAACCAGUACAAAUAAACUGUACACACUGGAACAGGAGCUACAGGCCAUGAUCACUGUAGUGAAGCAACAGAAAUCUGAGUUAGCAGAAAAAAAACAACAGCUUGAAGAGAAAGACAGACUUCUGGCUGAAACUAGAAAAAAACUGGAAAUGAAGGAUGAGACCCUGGAACACAAGGGCACACAUUUAUUUCAGAAAAAGAAAAAAGUUAAAUGCUAUGAAGUCAUUCCUGCAAAGUUACAAGCACCUUGUGAACAGUUCAGAAAAGAACUUAAAAGAAUUAGAAAAUCUAUGAAGAUGUCUACAGAGGACAAGUGUAAAGCAGUUCUAUAUUAUGUCCCCAUUGUUUCACGAGCUGGAACUGAUAUCGAGGCUGCACUGCAAAAACUUAACAGCUUUGGAGACAAAUACAUCGCACUAGUGGUGCUCCAUCACACAUUUGAUCGAGAGCUCAUUACACCAGACAGCAGCAGAACUGUGACCAGAGACAAAACUAUCAUUGUUGACUGUCUGUUCAGUGAGGACGAGGGACUGUUCUCGUGCCGCAAGAAUGACGAAGCGAUAAAAAAGGUUGCAGAUUGGCUUAGGAUUGUGAAAAAAAAAAAAAAAGUGAAGCCAGUGAGGAAAACAAAGCAAUAACAACCGGACAGAAGAAAAAUGAGCUAAAGGAAGGGCGGCUCUUACAACAGAAUAGUACAUACUGAAUUACUUAAAUGUCUGGGCUUUAUGUGUGCUUAUACUUUUCCUUAAACUGGCUGCUCAAAAGAUUUUUUUUGGCUUUUCAAAAUAUUUAUUUUUAAUUAAUAUACAAAUGUUUAUGCUACACCAGAAAAAAACAGUAUUGAAUAAGUACUAACACGUGUAUUAAAUGCUAAUAGAAUAAACUGUGUUUCAUUUCUGAUUAACAAAAUGAAUAAAAGCUGAAAUGAACAUCA